AUGCGUCUCUCGCUCAUCAUCGCUAUCUUGCCAUUGGCUCUCGCCGCACCCACUAAGCGACAGCUCGGUAGUCUUCUUGGAGGAGCAACAGGCACCUCAACCGGUGGUAGUGAUCUGUUAUCUGGACUCACAGGAGGAGAAGGAGCCACGACAGCUGUCGGUGGUAAUGAUCUCUUAUCUGGACUCACAGCAGGAGGAGCAACAGGCACCUCAAGCGGUGGUGGUGACCUCCUAUCCGGACUCACUGGAGGAGCAGCUACUGGUGGUGCUACCGCCACUGAUACUGAUGCUGGGGGAGCUCAAGGACCAGACACACUUAUCGGUGGUUUGACAGGUGGUACAAAUGCAAUUGGUACCGGGGCUACCGGAGCCACUGGAGCUACAGGAACUGGAGCUGCGGGUGCAGGCCUUCUUUCUGGAUUAACCGGUGCUGUUUAAAGAUUUGGAAUAGAGAUGAGAAAGUGCAGGGUGGGGAAUGUCUGUGGGUGGAGAGAUGAGCAGAACUUCCAUUUAUGUUUCGAUUCUAUACUAGGCAACAAAUAAUUUCAUACCAUGUUUUUUUUACAUAGUUCUAUGAGCAUCAAUGAGAAGAUCUCAUUAUCUAUAUGCUAGAACGGAGUCCUGCUCGGAUCUGGACGACCUGAACCACUCGGAUAAUGUGGCGUCAUGGGAGCUUUCAUACAUGAACUUUCAGGAUGGUAUUCUAGAUUGUCCACCAGUAGGUGUAUGGACUAACGGGAUACUACAAAAUUGACUCGUGAAUAUCCCUUGAUAUAUCAGA